AUGUCCUUAUCAAAUACCCCUCCGCAGACAGUGACCGAGCUCCUUACCCGAGCUGAAAAAUACAUUAAUAUGGAGAAAACACUGAAUCCAAGGAGAUCUGGUCCUUCCCAUGAAAAGGUCGAGAACAAGAAGCAACAUGAUCCCGUUCCCCGGCCAGAGUAUCCUCGGGAAAAGCACAAGAAUGAAGGUCCACCAGGGCCUCUUACCCGAUUAAACACCUCCAAGGCAAAUAUCUUAAUGGAGAUCAAAGAUAUGAAAGAAUUGAAGUGGCCUUCAAGAAUGAAGUCGCCUCCUGACACAAGAGAUACGAGCAAAAGCAAUGCUCAACCCACUGCCGGGACCAUUAAUAUUAUCAUUGGAGGCAUAGCAUCUGGAAGAGACACAAAUAGUGGGCGAAAGCAAUAUGCUCGCCAACAUGCUCAUACCUCAAAGGAAUCUCAUGAUACACUCAAAGACAUUACCUUUGGAGCAAGAGAUUUGGAAGGAGUAUCAUAUCCUCAUGACGAUGCCUUGGUCGUCUUUGUAAUUGUGGCUAACUUUGAAGUAAAGAGGAUUCUGGUUGAUAAUGGGAGUGCAACAAAUAUACUCUCACAGGAGGCUUUCGCUAAAAUGGGGCUCUCUCUCAAACAGUUCAAAGCAGUAAAAACUCCUCUACUUGGAUUUGGUGGUAGAGUCAUUAUUCCGGAGGGCAUCAUCGGGCUUCCGCUUACAUUGGGUUCUGGUAAUGCACAAAGAUCACACCCUUCCAAGUGGUUAACACUCAUAUAG